AUGAAAUUUUAAGUUGAAUAAUGUGAAUAAUUGUUAAAAUAAUAGCAAUAUUAAGAAUUAUCAAAUGAAAUUGGCAGGAUGAUAGAGGGAGAAAGAGAGGAAGAAGAGGAGUUAUAAUAAAAGCAAGAGUAUUAUCAAGAAUAAGUAAAGUAGUUGGAAUAAUUGAAAAAAGAAGAAGUAUAUUUAUUUUCAUCUCAAGGAAACCUUAAACGAAUAUAUCUCCGAAUAAUUCAACCAUUUAGAGCAGGAAAAGCAAUUACUCUAGUAAAUUGAAAAUGAAAUAUAGAUUUAAAAAUAAAGGGAAAUGUAGUUAUAGAUAGAAUUAAAGCUAGCUGCUGAACAAGAGCAAAUGUAUUUUAUAUAAUAAUAUAUAUUGAUAUGAGAAUCAAAAA